GUACGUAAAUGGUUACGUUACAAAUUUAUCCUUCCAUUGAAUAAUGCCGUUAUAAAACAUCAAGUCAAAAGCAAGAUUUUCUAUUUUCUAUUACAAGUUUUAGUGCUAACCAGUAAACUACUUAUAUCACGUUUUACCUUUUCGCUUAAUUGUAAUGUUUAUGGUUUUUUUGUUGUUUGGCUUGUGCGUAAUUCCAAACUAUAUAGAAUGCAGGCCAUCAGAGGUGAGCUCGAGUAAAGUGAUGGCGUACGACAGACAAUGGCUGUUGUUAAUAAAUCAAAUUCCGAUGGCGAAUUCGCGUUAUCUGUCCCAGCGACAAAUCGAUCGGCUGUCUGAGAACGUCGCGGAUUCGGAAGACGGCCAAGCAUUGUACGCGGAAAAAAUGAAAGAACUCAAAUGCAUUUACGGCGGUAUCGUUCAGCGUGUGUUCAACUAUAUGGAUGGCGUACUCGAGAAUAGCCAGACCGGCGAGGACUUGGCGAAAACAGGGCCGUUGUUGAAAGAAUUCAAAAAGUACAUAGCCAAAAUGUUUUCGGCGCUGCAGCUGGCGAACGACCGAACUUACCCGUGGAUGUGGCAAGUUUACUUCUUGCUGUACGCUGUAGACGAGUCAAACCCUGCGGAGUUCGGUGCCACUUACGAAACCAACACUGUGUUAAAAGGCGACAUCGACGCUUUUGUGGAUUGCUGUAUCAGCCAACGCUAUCUGAAACCUUCAUCGUCGGGUUCGGCUUUGGACACGUUCAGAGCGACAAACGCCGAAAAGAUGGUGGUCGAGGGUUUGGCGGCUGCUCAGGAACCGCCGGUGCAAGGGCAAACCCAAUGGACCUACGCCUAUCAAAACGCCGACCGAUUUGCCGUGGACCGAGUGUUACUGAAAGGACUCAAGGCGGACAAUGCGUUCCAAAAGUCCCGAAUGAACGGUUUCCACAAGAGAAUAAAAGACCGACUAUUCGCCGUUUGGGAGGCGCCCAGGAGUGCUCUGUACUUGAAACAGGUCGAUCUCGUCGAUCACCACGCAUUGAUCGCCAAGUUGAUAAAAAUCUCUAUCGCUCACUUUGUUUGGAUGCACUUGUACAAGUUUUACCAGGUCAAAUCGACCGUCGGUAUCCAAUCCUUUAUGGAUAGGUUGGCGUCGCCUUUAAACGACGCCGUCGCGUUCUUGGACACACGCACCGAUGAGUUUUACAAUGUUUUGCUGUCGAACAUCCUGUCGAAAACGGUCAGUGUGGCGACGUUGCCGAGUCUUUUGAAUAAGGCCAAACAGAAUUUUGUUAAGCAUUUUCGCUCGUUAAGUUUACACAAAGAGAGCGUAGACGACGUAAAAAUCAUUGAAACCAUGACAAAUUAUGAUAUCAAACUCGAUUCUAAUUUUGCCGCCGACUUAAAAGGGUACGUCGAUUCACAAAAACGAAAACUCACUGAUUUUUUGUUCAAGUUGAUUGACUUCUACAAAUUAAGCCAAAGCCCAGUUGAAAGUAAUUUAAUUUGAAUUUAAUAUAUAAUUGAAGGUAAUAUUAUUACUAUAGAUUAGUAUAAGUACAGUUUAAAACAAUUGCAUGGUACAUAAUUAAAAUAUAUUAACUUACAUUUACCAUGAAUCAAAACUUAUUGUAAAAAUGUAACUGUACUAAAAUAAUUUGUAAAACAUUGUGGAAUAACAAUCACAACCCCUUUAUAAUGAUUUACACU